CCCCCCAAAGACGCGUCUCCGUCCUUCAUGCUGAGCAUCUUCGCCUUUCUGAAAAUCUUCGUCACCAAGAUGCUGAACUUGCUGGCUCGUAACUUCUACAACGUGCGUUUCCUGGCUCUGUUUGUGUGUUUCGCCAUCAACUUCAUUCUUCUCUUCUACAAGGUCACUGGUGAAGCUGAGGUAGAUGAGGAGGACACCUGGGACGGCGAUGAAGAUAAUGAUGAGGAGAACACAUUUUUCGACAUGGAUGAGUUUGUCCUGCAGGAGAGCACCGGCUACAUGUUACCCACGCUGCGCUUCCUCGCUGUUUUCCACACCGUCAUCUCACUCGUCUGUCUCUUCGGGUACUGCUUCCUCAAGGUUCCUCUGGUGGUGUUCAAGAGGGAGAAGGAGAUUGCGAGGAAGCUUGAAUUCGACGGUCUCUACAUCACCGAGCAACCGUCCGACGAGGACAUCAAGGGCCAGUGGGAUCGACUCGUCAUCAACACCCCGUCUUUCCCCAGCAACUACUGGGACAAGUUCAUCAAGCGCAAGGUGAUCAAUAAAUAUGGAGACAUGUACGGAGCCGAGCGCAUCGCUGAGCUGUUGGGCCUGGAUAAGAGCGCUCUGGACUUCGACCCCACGGUGGAGACUGUAGAGAAUGAAGCCUCCCUGCUCUCCUGGCUGAGCUCCAUCGAUACCAAGUACCACAUCUGGAAGAUGGGAGUGGUUCUGACUGACAAUUACUUCCUGUAUCUGAUCUGGUACUCCACCAUGUCCAUUUUCGGACACUUCAACAACUUCUUCUUCGCUGCCCAUCUUCUGGACAUCGCCAUGGUCUUCAAGUCGCUCCAAACCAUCCUGUCGUCUGUCACUCACAACGGCAAGCAG